GUAGAUAUCAGCUGAAUUAUUCGGCUAAAAUGCCCUGGCACGGGCAUACGUAGUCGUCGGUCCGCCAUUACGACGCAGCCGAGACACGUUCGUCGUAUUUAGUUAAAUAUUUUCGUUUAUAAAUGAGUAAUAACGCUCAUGAUCUAAGUAAUCGACUUCUGAAUGCGUUGGAUAACAAUUACAAUGUGGUCGACAUGCACGCUGUCAACGAAAUUAUAUCCAUUUUGGAGAAAAUCAAUAUUACAAAAGAGCUGUUGGAGACCACCCGACUGGGCAAGCAUGUGAACGAGCUGCGACGGAAGACGACUGACCAGACGUUGGCGCGACGUGCCAAGGUGCUGGUGAAGAGAUGGCGCGACCUCGUCAUACCAGCUGUCGCCUCGCCCGCACACACCGGUUCAAACCGGUCGUCAGCGGAGCGUCAGAUGCGUCGCCUGGGCGGCACCCCCCUCACCUCGCCCGCUCUCUCACGGAAUGUGGUGAGUCCUGCGGUGCCAAGUCCACGCACUCAGGCCCGACCCGCGUGGGGCGGAUACGAGUCGGAUUCGCAGGACGUGAUCCUGGUGGACGAUGAGCCCCCCACCGUCCUGCCACCUCCAUCCAUAGCGCCCCUCGCACCCCUCGCACCCAUCGCCACACAGAAGCCGCUCACGCCCACGCCUAUGACCACGCCCACCCCUCCGAUCAAGAGGCAACCGUCCCCCGAGCCUGUGCACGAUGAUAAAAAGGCGAAGAGGGAUAAAAAGCCUAAGAAAAGAAGGGGCCACAGCCGUGCGGGGUCGGGUACGGAGUCAGGGGGCGUGGCGGAGGGCGGUGUCGGCACGGAGGGGGGCGGGGCGUGGACGGCGCGCAACGGCUCCGCCCACCACGAGCGCCGCCGCAAUGGCUGCCGACGUGACGCGCUCGACGCCUACUCCGCCCUCGUCAACCGCAUGCCGCCCGCCGGCGCUAAAAAGGUGAAGACGACGAAGGAGCUGCUGGAGCAAAUUCAGUCGCGCGGCACCAGGCCCGCCUCGCGCCCCGUUUCCCCUGCUUCACCCGCCUCGCCCGACGUCAUGCUCAUAGAGCCCGACUCGUACACCAAAGCGGCCUCGCCCCUGCGCAACGGCAGCAGCGAGCCGGCCCCGCUGCCCGCACUCGCUGCGCCCCCCAGCCCCGUCGCCCCGCGCUCCCCGCUCGACGAGGAGCUGGCGGCGGAGCGCGAGGCGUGCACGUGCGAGGAGGAGGCGCAGGAAGCGUGCCCCGCCGCCCCGCGCCGCCGCACCGCGCCGCUGCACGUGCUGGCGCUGCACAACGCGCUGCUGCCCGGAGUGAACGGCACGCGCGCGCCGCUGCACCCGCACCAGUUCGCAGUGCGCAAGCUCGCCGACCCCGAGCGGCCCGAACUAUUCACCAGUGUCGUACCACUCUACAAGUAUUCCGACUAUGCUGACGAUUAUUGCGUUAAAAAUUUGUCGCGAGUGACUCUGUGCAAACACAUACCCGUCGACGAGUUCGCGCCUCCGCCCCCCGACAUCCCCCCGCCGCCGUCCCCGCCCCCGCCCCGACCCUACCCCGUGGACGAGGAGGUCGAGGCGCCGGAAAUCAAACCCGAGCCCGAGUGCGUCAAGACUGAAGUGAUGGAAUACGAGUGUCCCAAGGUGGAGCCGGAGAUGGUGAGCGUGCCCAGCCUCGAGCCCAGCGAGCGGCUGAAGGCGCCUCUGCUGACCGUCGAGGACGAGCGGCAGUUCGGCGCCGAACCGGUCGUCAAGAUGGAGGUCGAGGAGGAAUUUGUGAGCGAACCCCAGGAGCAUAGGACGGUCGAGCGAACGAAAGAGGAGCUCGACGGCAAGGGGCUUUACGCGUUGUGCCAGCGCGCGAUGGACGCGAUCCCAUACUCGUACGCGCAGGCGGGAAGCGCGCCCGUGCUGCCGCUGGCGGCCGCGGAGCAGGGUGCCAUGCUGGAGGAGGUGGACUCGUGCCCGGACGAGAUGGGCCGGCCGCAACGCGCGCCGCGUUUCGCCGAGUGGCACGAGUGCGCGCGUCUCGGUGACCUCAUUGCGCUGCCCUACGUCGUCAUAGACUGA